GUGCAGCAACAACUGCAAUCGAUGUAUGAAAUCCCGAACAGGACAAUGCAGAUGGCGCAGCAGAUUGAGCAAUUGCAGCUCCGGCUGCAGUAUUUGCAGCAAUGCUACAUGAGUGAAUGUCACGGCGGUGUGCCGCAAAACGAGCAGCAACCCGUAUCCGUGAUGCAGAGGGGAUCCGAAGUUCAGGUAUUGGCUCUUAUAAGAGUUAUUUUGUGCUUCCAGAAUUACGGGAAUCGUGUAGAUACUCAAUGUAAGGAUUCAGUGGUACUGAUGUUGCUGAAAUUCUCCGAUUUGCUGGAACGCAACUGCCUAAAGAUCCUCGAUUCCGAGCUGCGUACCGCCAGUUAG